AUGUACUGUGACCUGUCUGUGGACGGUAUAGGGACCUGUUGGCCUCGUAGUGCAUCAGGAGAGCUGAUCUCCAGACCCUGCCCUGAACAGUUCAAUGGCAUCCACUACAACACCACCAACCGGGUGUACAGAGAGUGUCAGUCUAAUGGCAGCUGGGCUCCUCGAGGAAACUACAGUCAGUGCACCGAGAUCAUCCAUAAGCCUAGGAAGAGUAAAGUCCAUUAUCAGGUUGCUGUGAUCAUCAACUAUCUGGGCCACUGUAUCUCUCUGGGAGCGCUGCUGCUCGCCUUCACUCUCUUCAUGAGACUCAGGAGUAUUCGCUGCUUGAGGAACAUCAUCCACUGGAAUCUGAUCUCAGCGUUCAUACUGAGGAACGCCACCUGGUUCAUCGUCCAGUUAACCAUGAACCCAGCUGUUACUGAGAGCAACCAGGUGUGGUGCAGGUUGGUAACAGCAGCCUAUAAUUAUUUCCAUGUGACGAACUUCUUCUGGAUGUUUGGUGAAGGUUGUUAUCUCCACACGGCCGUCGUCCUCACCUACUCCACCGACAAACUCAGGAAGUGGAUGUUCAUCUGCAUCGGCUGGGGUAUUCCUUUUCCCAUUAUAGUGGCUUGGGCUUUUGGGAAACUUAACUACGACAAUGAGAAGUGCUGGUUUGGAAAGAGGCCGGGAGUUUAUACAGACUAUAUCUACCAGGGCCCCAUGAUCCUGGUCCUACUGAUCAACUUUGUCUUCCUGUUUAACAUCGUUCGGAUCCUGAUGACCAAACUGAGGGCGUCCACCACCUCAGAGACCAUCCAGUACAGGAAGGCGGUGAAAGCAACUCUGGUUCUGCUGCCUCUGUUAGGAAUCACCUAUAUGUUGUUCUUUGUGAAUCCUGGAGGAGAAGACAAAGUCGCUCAGAUUGUCUUUAUCUACUUCAACUCCAUACUCGAGUCCUUCCAGGGAUUUUUUGUCUCAGUUUUCUACUGUUUUCUCAACAGUGAGGUGCGCUCUGCGGUCAGGAAGCGUUGGAUUCGUUGGCAGGAUCGUCAUUCCAUCCGGAGCCGGGCGAUGCGUGCCACAUCACUGCCCACGUCACCAUGCAGAGUAUCCUUCCACAGCAUCAAACAGUCCUCUAACCUUUGA